AAUUUCUUUUAAUCUUUUUCAUUAUUUUGUUUGUUUUUUGACAGAGAUCAGCUGUUACAGAGAUGUUGGGAGGAAAAGCUUGGAUCCCAGGUUGCACCCUGCUUGUGCUGGUCACUUUAUGUGGUGAAACGUCUCACUGCCAAAACCAACACAAAGGUUCGACACAUCUGAAAGACCUGAGACUCAUUCUGGUUGGAAAAACCGGAGCAGGAAAGAGUGCUUCUGGAAACACCAUCCUGGGGAGGGAAAAUGCCUUCAGAGAGGAAAUGUCCCCUGAGUCUGUGACUAAAGAAUGUCAGAGAGAAGAGGUCAACGAUGGUGACAGGAACAUCGUUGUCAUCGACAGCCCAGGACUGUUUGACACAAACAAAACACAAAAAGAAGUGAAGGUAAAAAUUGAGGAGUGUAUUAACCAGUCAGUUCCUGGACCCCAUGCUUUUCUGUUAGUGAUCAGUCUCAAGUCAAGAUUCACUGAUGAGGAGAAGGCAGCUGUGAAGUGGAUCCAGGAUAAUUAUGGCUCAGAUUCUUCCAUGUAUACCAUAGUCCUGUUUACACAUGCUGACUUGCUGGAGGGUAAAUCUGUGGAGGACUACGUGGCAGAGAGCAAACAUCUACAAAGACUGAUAGACCUGUGCGGAGGAAGAUACCAUUCACUCACUAAUGGCAAGAGACGAAGCAGAAUCCAGGUCAGAGAGCUCCUGGAGAAGAUAGAGAAAAUGGUGAAGUCCAGAGGAGGAAGUCACUACACCAAUGAGAUGUACCAGAGAGCCCAGGAGAAACUUGAGGAGGAGAGGAAAAAGAGGGAGAAGGAGGAAGAGCGAAGAAAGAAGGAAGAGGAAGAGAGGAUCAGAGAGGAGGAGAAAAACAUUGCUUGGUGUAAAGUGGUAGCUGUUGCUUCCACGGUUAUUGUUGCAACAGGAGCGUUUCUCGCCUCAGUUCCUCUUGUGAUAGGAGGUGUAGCACUUGCACUCACUCAAGGUUAUGAUUGCACGAUAGAUAUGUGUACUCCUUAGAGUCCUGAAUCUUAAAUUGAAAUAUCAGUUUGUAUGCUUUGUUUGUUGUUGGGAAUUGGGAAGGUGCUACAUACAUCUGUUUCUCUAUAUGUGAUUACGGGGUCUAUAAACAUUUUUCAAUAAAGUCUGAAGUUCAGCUCAGA